UGAAGCCAACCUCCCAGCCGUUGGAUCAGAAUCGAACGCCCGAUACCCUCGCUCGUCGGCCGGGGUUUUAACGCGGUCCUCUCAAAUCCUCAAUUCCCCUUCCCGUUCCAAGGAGAGGAACUUCUAGAAGGAGGCGGCGAGGGCGAGCAGGGAGCGGAAGAGAUGGAGAACGGCGGCAGCAAAGGCGACGUCCCGGAGGACGCCAACGCCCAUUGCCCUGGAACGCAGUCGGAGGAGGCAGGGAAGGCCGAUUCCUGCGCCGGGUGCCCGAACCAGCAGAUUUGCGCCACCGCCCCCAAGGGCCCCGAUCCUGACUUGGUUGCUAUUGCUGAGCGGAUGGCUACUGUGAAACACAAGAUACUGGUUUUGUCAGGAAAGGGAGGUGUUGGAAAGAGCACAUUUUCAGCCCAGCUCUCAUUUGCCCUAGCUGAAAUGGACCAUCAGGUUGGCCUUCUCGACAUAGAUAUAUGCGGCCCUAGCAUCCCAAAAAUGUUAGGCCUUGAAGGCCAGGAUAUUCAUCAGAGCAACCUUGGGUGGUCACCAAUCUACGUUGAGUCCAACCUUGGUGUCAUGUCGAUUGGUUUUAUGCUGCCUAACCCAGAUGAUGCUGUCAUAUGGAGGGGUCCUCGCAAGAACGGAUUGAUCAAACAGUUUCUCAAGGAUGUUGACUGGGGAGAGAUUGACUACCUUGUAGUGGAUGCACCCCCUGGAACAUCAGACGAGCACAUCUCAAUCGUCCAGUACCUACAAGCCACCGAAGUUGAUGGCGCGAUAAUCGUGACGACCCCGCAGCAAGUUUCUCUAAUAGACGUGAGGAAGGAGAUCAAUUUCUGCAAGAAGGUGGGCGUGCCAGUGUUGGGGGUUGUGGAGAACAUGAGUGGCUUGAGGCAGGCGUUCACAGACCUUAAAUUCGUAAAGCCAGGUCUCGCCGGGGAGAUAGACGCCACAGAGUGGGCGAUGAACUAUAUCAAGGAGAAGGCUCCGGAGCUUUUGUCGGUCGUGGCCUGCAGCGAGGUGUUUGACAGCAGCAAGGGCGGCGCGGAGAAGAUGUGCCAUGAGAUGGGGGUACCUUUCCUGGGUAAGGUGCCGAUGGACCCGCAGCUGUGCAAGGCAGCCGAGGAAGGGAGGUCGUGCUUCGCCGAUCAGAGGUGCAGCGCCAGCGCACCGGCUCUGAAAAGCAUAAUCGACAAGCUGAUCAAAACCAAGUAAGCAGACAAUGUGUUUGUGCCUGUUGGAGAAGUACCACUAGUCCAAAAUGUUACGAUGAUCUCUGAGAACUAUCCUUGUACAAUUGUUUGUUACAUGCCCCAGUGGCUUCAACUCUGUUCUUAGUUUCCCGAAGUUUUUUGGCUUGUUUA